UAUAAAUAAUAAUAAAAAUCUUUUCAUGGGUAGAUUUUAAUCAUAUUACACCAUUUUUAAAACAUCUAUUUUAUUAUUAAUAUAUUAUUACAUCUAAAUCAUCUUUUUAAAAUGGAUAUAAAUUUUUUAAAUCAGAUGCCAAGCAAUAAGAUAAAUUACAAGGUAAAAUGCUUGCAUACAGGCUGCAACUCUAAUAAGAUUAGAAAAGACAAAAUUAAUUUACAUUACAAAACAAGACAUCCUAAUAGUGAUGUAAAGUUUGAGGUAAUAGCAAUUAAAAAAGAUAAGGUUUGGAACAAACUUGGUCCAAAUGCAAAUAAUCUCAAAAUAACUAAUGGAAUCAAUACUCAAUUUAAAAAAAAUAAAUCAAUUGCAACAUAUUUUCAAAAGUGAUCAAUAUAUAAUUUUAAACACUUUUAAGGAAAUUGACUCUCCAUUAGAUACUCUUAAGAUAAAUCUACCACAACCAUUACAUAAUAUUAUCACACUAAAUCAAGAUGAAGAAGUUUUUUUAAGUAUUUAUACUAUAAUUUAUUCAUUUGAUCUAAAGAAAACUUAUAAUAUGGAGACUGCAUUCAUUUUUAAGGACAAAGUACAAUCUCAUUUAGAUGCUCCCUAUCCAGAAAUUAUUCCAUUCAUAGAUGAUGAAACAUCGAAAAUCGAAAAUAUGCCUAGAAGUUCUAAUUUAGACAACCCAGAAAAAAUAUCUGGAAAUUUAUCAACAAUUAAAGAAGGUAAAAAUGAUGAUAUUGAUAUGCAAGCAUUAGAAUCAAUUUAUAUAGAUAAAGCAUUACAUCUUCCACUAGAAUACCUGAUUGGGCAAAGUAUGGAUGGUGCUAGUAAUAUGAGAGGUGUUAAUAAGGGAGUACAGGCUUUAAUAUUUAAAGAAGCUCCUAAAGCUAUUUAUGUCUGGUGCCAUGCUCAUAGGCUUAAUUUAAUUGUUAUUCGUAUAUGUGGAUAUGGGAAUGAAAUUAAAAAAACUAUGGGAAUUUUAGAUGAAUUAUAUAAUUUUAUGAAUGGAGUUAAACGCCAGGGUGUUUUUACCAAAUUUCAAAUGCAAAAAACCAAAAAAUCUCACAAAAGAAUAAAAAACACAACAAGAAAUUGGGCAUCAUCUUUCAAAGCAUUACAAAAUUUUUUAGAUGUUUAUGAAUAUAUAAUAGCCUCCUUGACAGAGUUAAGCAAUUCCGAUGACGCAAUCACAUUUUCAAUUUCUGAGGGAUUGCUAUCUAGAAUAAAACGAUAUGAUUUUAUUUUAGGAUUAUUUAUUUUAAGAAUAAUCUUAAAAUGUACACAUGAAACUUGCAUUGAAAUGCAGGCAAUUGGAAAUGAUUUAGCAAUGAUGAUUAAAUUGAUCCAACAUACAAAAAAUAAAUUCCAAAGAUUAAGGGCAAAUGGUGAUAAUAUAUUAACAUCAUUACAUACCGAUGUUAAAUCAUUUAUGGAUAAGAAUAAUGUUACAACCGAUAUUUAUAAUAUUAAGUCAAUAUUUAAAUUGGAUCAAAAAGAGUUUGAUAAUUAUAUUGAACAACAAAAAGAAAAAUAUAAAAAUGAAAAUUUUUACCCAGUGAUUAAUAUGAUCAUUGAACAAUUAAAUGAAAGAUUUAAUUAUGAAUCAUUAAACUUUUUAAAUCAGAUUUCUAUUUUUACUCCUGCGGGAUUAGCAGAUAAUGAGAAUAUAGAAAUUUCCCAGAUAUCUGAAAUUGUGUGUUUAUAUAAUUUUGAUCCACAGAAAAUUAUAGAUGAAUUUUCCAAUUUUAGACCAUUAUACUUAGAUUCCUUAUCAAUCAUUUAUAGUAAAGAUUUAAUCAAUAUUAGAAAAAAUGAUACCUUAUAUGAUGAAAGUGAAAACAUUAUAAAUGAUAGUAAAAUGACCAAAACAAAAAGAUGGCUGAAAUAUUCAUUUAUUCUACCAUAUAGAUUAUUAAUUAAAUCAAGUUCUUUUCCUUAUCUUAAAACGUUAUAUAAAUAUCUUAUAACCCUCCCCACCACCUCAUGCUCUGCUGAAAGAGCUAUGAGUAAAGUCAAAAUUGUUAAAACACGUAUUCGAAAUAAAAUCUCUGAUUCUUUUUUAGAAAAUUUAUUAUUAAUAUCAAGUGAAAUUGAUAUAUAUGAUACAUUUAAAACAGAAGAUAUUAUUACAGAUUUCGCGUUAACUUCUAAAAGACUAUCUAAUCUUUUAAUUGGAUAAUCCUUUUUUUUAAAUAUUAAACAGCAAUAAAUUUAGACAUUUGGCAUUAUAAUUCCCUUUUUUCAAUAUUUGAAUAAAUUUGGAUUACUAAUCCCUUAUUAGUUAGUCAUUUUUAAUUAGUCUUUUUCUGCACAUAUAUUUAUAUUCCUUGUGUUAUAUCUUUAACAUUAAAAAAAAUUAUUAUGUAGCAAUUAUAAUAUCCAUUUUUUUUAAAUAUUAAAUAGCAAUAAAUUUAGACAUUUUGCAUUAUAAUUCCCUUUUUUAUUUGAAUAAAUUUGGAUUACUAGUAUUAGUUAGUUAUUUAUAAUUAGUCUUUUUCUGCACACAUAUUUAUAUUCCUUAUGUUAUAUAUAUUUUUAACAUUAAAAAAAUUAUAAAUAAAAUAAAAUUAUUAUGUGGAAAUUAAAAUAUAUAAUUUUUUAAAUUUCGAUAAUUUUUAUACCAAUAAAUAUUCUUCCUGUAAUCUAUAUAUCAUUAUUUCAUAAAAUAUUCAGACUUAUAUUUAUAAGAUUAUAAUUUAUUCUAUCGAAAUAAUGCCGCCGAAGGCGGCAAAUUUUUUUAGGGGGGUAGGCUGAGGUUUUUGAGGGGGGUUUGCAUCCAGUGAAAAUCCUGUCAUGUAGACGCUGCUAGGGGCUAUAAAUUUUAUUACCACAAUCAUUACUCUUCGCCCAACUGGUAUACCCAUAGAAAAACUAUCAUUAUUCUUAUGAUCUUCAUUAAUUACAGCCUUUUUACUUUUAUUAAGUUUACCUGUAUUAGCUGGAGCAUUAACAAUAUUAAUUUUAGAUCGAAAUAUUAAUACUUCUUUUUUUGACCCUGUGGGUGGGGGUGACCCUAUUUUAUUUCAGCAUUUAUUUUGAUUUUUUGGACAUCCAGAAGUCUAUAUUUUAAUUUAACCUGGAUUUGGACUUAUUUCUCAUAUUUUAACAGAUAACGCCAAUAAAAAAUUUACCUUUGGUCAUCUUAGUAUAAUUUAUGCUAUAGCAGGAAUUGGCGGAUUAGGAUUUAUUGUAUGAGCACACCACAUAUUUACAGUCGGACUAGAUGUUGACACUCGGGCCUUUUUUACAUCUGCCACAAUAAUUAUUGCUAUCCCCACAGGAAUUAAAAUUUUUAGUUGACUGGCAACUAUAUCAGGAUCUCCUAAUAAUUUUUCUAUUUCUCAAAUUUGGACAUUAGGGUUUUUAUUUUUAUUUACCGUAGGUGGUUUAACAGGAAUUAUUUUAAGAUCCUCCUCCCUUGAUAUCACCCUUCACGACACCUAUUA